AUGACCCUCGGAAACAAGCAAAUACUUAUCAGCGGCGCCGGCAUAGUGGGUCUUUUGGCUGCACAGGCACUCAAAGCACGUGGCGUGGAUUUCGUCAUCUUCGACCGCGACCGCGACGUGCAUUUCCGAGAAGAUGCCGGCUGGGCCAUCACGUUGCACUGGGCUCUCGACACGUUUCUCAGUCUCCUCCCUGAAAACCUUGCUUCCGAGAUCUAUGAGGCCCAAGUGCGCAAAGAUUUCCAUCUCUGCGACACCGGCACCUUCAGGUACAUCAACGCUUCUGAUGGCAGCACCAUACUAUCCAUCCCACCUUCACAGCGCUUGCGGGUAAGAAGAGAGCAAAUCCGGCGCAUUCUCUUGAAAGGCAUUGAUGUGCACUGGAACUGCAAACUCACACGGGUGGCACACCUAAAAUGCGGGCGUGUGGUGGCCCAGUGUGAGUCCGGCCGCGAAUUCCAGGGCGACGUGCUCUUGGGCUGUGACGGGGCCAAUUCCCAGAUUAGGAGGCUUUUUUGCGGAGACGCCGGCAGGCUUGAAGUCCUCCCUGUGCGUUUCUGCGGGGCCAAGGUCAAAAUAUCCCGGGCCGAAGAGGCACACUUGGCUCGGCAAUUCGACCCGCUUCUUUUCCAGGGGACGGUGCCGGAAAACGAGACGUUUUUCUGGUUCUCCAUGCUCUCGACGCCAGACUACACCUUGGAGGAAGACGGCUAUUUUGCACAGGUGAACCUUUCGUGGAAAAUCAGGGGCCAGUCGGACGAGCCCUUUGGCUCAGCCACGGAAAAGGCUGACGCCAUGCUUGCACAUGCCAGGGGGCUCCACCCCCAGCUUCACCAGCUCGUUGCUCGGGCCGCCAAAAGCCCGGAAAACCUAGUGGAAAUCAAGCUAGCUGACUGGCCCGAAGUGCGGUGGGACACGCACCAGGGCUCGGUUGUAUUGCUAGGCGACGUGGCACACGCCAUGACAAUGUACCGGGGCGAAGCUGCCAAUCAUGGGAUAGCAGAUGUGGCGGACUUCAUUGGCCAGACCGACCGGUAUCUCAAAGGAGACAUUCCGUGGGCGGACGCCGUGUCAAACUACUGCGAGCAGGUAUAUCUGAGAGCACAAGAGGCGGUUCUUUUGUCGAGGCAGGCGUGUCUCGAUGCGCAUGACAUGUCCAAAAUCACAGCCGGCUCGGCGUCGCCCUUACUUACCAAAAGAAAAAUAUCCUGA